AUGGCUGUGAAGAAUGCUGACCAGAAGGAAGUCGCCAUGCCCAGGCUUAGGCUUCGCAAAGCGCAUCGGAAAUCCAGGAAUGGCUGUCGGAACUGCAAACUACGCCGGGUAAAGUGUGACGAGGUCCAGCCUGCCUGUCAGCGAUGCAGUGCCUAUGGUGUCUUAUGCAACUAUGGCCCCGACGCUCCCGACCUACAAAUGGCCCGCGAGAUCGAAGAUCCGGCGGUGAUCAGCGCCGAUGCCACGACCACGCUAGAGUUGACUCGAGAAUGCAGAGACCAUCUGAUCUCCUUCGAGAAAUCAGGGACCCUCGUUACAAUUGCCACCGUCCAUCACAACGAGGUCUUGCAGUUAGCGUGCCUAAAUCCAUACCUCAUGCAUGUAACCUUGGCCAUUGCCGCUAUGCAUAAUCGACUACGGGGCACGCCGGCUCCAAGAGGCCCUAGCACAUUUGAGAGUUACCACGUCUCCCAAUGCGCGGCACUACUGAGCCGGAAGUUAUCACACCCUCUACGAGCGGAGGACCGCGACCCACUCUGGAUGACAUCGACUUUACUAGGCGUAAUAUCCACAUCGAGCAUCCCCUCUUUAAUGCCUCAAGAAGCCUGGCCGCUGAAGUCAUCAAACGCAUCGGACCUAGAAUGGCUGCGCAUGGCCGAGGGGAAAAUGGCGGUCUGGAGAAUCGCCGACCCCCUACGUCCAAACAGUCUCUUCCGCGACAUGGCUGAAGAAUAUGCGCAGAUGUAUGACGGCCCUCUUCGUAUAGGCAAUGACCCAGUGCCGCCGUUGAACGCCAGUCGAUAUGUAUGUAUCUUCGACAGUAUCACGCGGAUCGAGAGGACAUCUUAG